CACACACACACACACACACACACACACACACACACACACACACACACUCACACACACACACACACACACACACACACACACACACACACACACACACACACACACACACACACACACACACACACACACACACACACUCACACACACACACACACACACACACACACACUCACACACACACACACACACACACACACACACACACACACACACACACACACACACACACACACACACACACACACUCACAGUCUGGUGUCAGCACCGCUGCCGGCUGAUCGACAAAUUAAAAGGUGAAAUCAGAGUUUUAAAAAGUAAGGAUGACCGUGUGGGACAAAAGGGUUCUCUGCAGCUUCGUGGUGAUUCUGGCCGGUGCCGUGGCUCAAAGUGUGAACUACCCUCCUCCAGUCUGCGCUGUGACCGGAUCCACCGCCGUCAUCCCCUGCACCUUCACCCCACGUGAAACCUUCAUCCAGGAUGGAAGAGAAGUCCCGACCGAGAUCAUCAGAGUCCGCUGGUGUCAGAACCAUCUGAUUUGUCAUGGCUCGACCCCCAACGUGUACGACAGCCGCUCGCCCAACGACAACAACCAUCGUUACAGAUACCUGGGAGACCUGAAGAAGAACUGCACGCUACAGAUCAUAAACGUAAACAAGAUGGAGGACGAAGCGACUCUGCGCUUCAGGAUGGAAGUCAAUUACACUUUGGGACAUUUCACUGGAACAUCAGGAGUGAACGUCACCGUCACUGACGUGACACCACUGAAGAUAAAGAACUCUGGUGGUGACAGAUACAUAGCAGAAGGUCGAACCGUCACAUUGAGCUGCACUGCACCCUGUCUCUUUCACCCACUGGAGGUCACCUGGGUCAGAGAUGGCCACGCCCUUUCAGAAUCUGGCCCCGCCCUCAAGCUCGGCCCUCUGACUGCAGAGGAUUCUGGGUACUACACCUGUGCUUUGACGACAGAGAUUGGCUUCCCGUCCCAGCCGUACCACUUGAGAGUGACAGCUAAAGAGGAAGAGGAAGGUUUGUUUGGUUCGGAUGUUGAAACAGUCAACAAACUGCUGAUUAUCCGUGUGGUUGUCUUCGCUCUGCACUCGCUGCUCAUCAUCACAGUCGCUUCUAUCGUCAUCAAAAGGAUGUUUUUCCAGAAAGCAGCAGCAGCAGAGGUCGAAUGAGGUGAGUCACUGACAGUCACCUCACAAAUAUUAAGCGUGCAAUGGAUCACACAUCUCACACUUUGGAUUAGGGAUGCACCAGUUAAACAUCUGUAUCGGACGACAUCAGGACGAUACCAUGAUUUCAUUUUUUUUAUCAACCUACAGAUCACAUACAUUUCCAACUGUCCUGGUGAUCUGAUGCUAUAUAUUUAGACAGGAUUGAAAAUUACUUUAACCUUUAACCCUUCAUGUGUCAGAGGCGGCUCAAGCCCAGCUGCUGAUGGAGAACAGUUUGUUUCCAUGACGUGGUUAAAUGGCAGACACUCAGCUGAUACCAGGAAUAUAACCCACAAAUAAACACUUAAGUAAUCUCUGAUGAGUGAAUAUAGAGUUACAGAGAAACAGGAAGCUGUCCUAUCAGCCAAUCAGUGACAGGAACAUUCAUCAUCAAAACAUCAUACUCCUCUUGGUGUAACCGAUGUUAUAUCAUGUAUCUUAAGAAAUCACCGCUUUUCCUCCUCUCUAAGACAUGGGGGGAUGGCUCAAUAAUCGGAGGAAGCUUCUGUGUUCUGGUGUAUUUAGUUUAAUUUGUCACUGUACAGGAUGGAGCACUCACACUAGUCAAACGAACUGGACUUUAGGGGUGAAGCUUCAGUGUUUAUCCAGCUCUGCAUGGGUCUGUAAACCUUUCUGUGUUCUAACCUCUCUCCAUUUUUCAAAAGCAUCUCCAAUAUUGAUCCUAGUUUGAGCACGUUUCUGCUCGUGGAGCUUAUUAGAAACAUGCAGAGGCUUUUUAGGUCGGGUACAAUCACUUCUAUCUGAACCACUUCUCUUGACCGCUUCCAUCGCUGCAACACCUGUUGACCUGAUAACUGCUCUCAUAUCUGGCAAACCGAGGGGCGUCCAAAACGGCCGUGUGGGGGCGUGUCUUAAAAACGCCUACCUUCUCUGGUCCAAACAAAUCCAGAUCAUUCAGGAGCAGAAUCUAAAGUUAGAAGGAGGA